UGUAUGCUUUAAUCACCAUGCAUCUCAUUUUUGAUCCAAAUGCUUAGACGUGUCUUGUGAAUAUGCAUAUUGGUUUUUCGGUUCUGUAUUUUGCAAAUGCACUAUGAAUCCUGUAAAGAGAUCAAUGUAUGCUUCAUACCGGAAGACCCUCUGUUUACUAUCCAUUUUAGUAUGUUAAAACGACUUAUGUGCAAUAUAUUAAUAACCCAUUUUUUUUUGUCUGGUUUUAAAAAAUAAUUUCAAUUCUUGAUGCACGAUCUCAAGAUUUUUUACGUAAUUUUAGCUAUAGGCCAAAUUUCAUCAGGAAUUUGCCUCACCCGUGGAUUCUCCCUGCCCAGUAUUUGCACUCAGGAUUAGCAGAAGGGUGGUGAAGCUGCUGUCUCAGUGGAGUAGUGCUGAAAUCUUUCGUCAAGCUGCUAAACCUCUACUAAAGCCAGAGACAUGACGACAAAUGCCAAUAAAACUUCGGAAGGGCAUGUUUUGACAGAAAUGAAUGAAGCUCCUACCAAUGACAAACCCAAAACCUUGGUAGUGAAAGUGCAGAAGAAAAAUGAUGUCCCUGAACGAGAAACUUGGGGAGGAAAAUUUGACUUUCUUCUGUCAUGCGUUGGGUAUGCAAUCGGUCUCGGAAACGUGUGGAGAUUUCCUUAUCUCUGUGGAAAAAACGGUGGAGGAGCCUUUUUAAUUCCGUAUUUUUUAACCCUGAUAUUUGCCGGAGUGCCCUUGUUUUUCCUGGAGUGUGCCCUCGGUCAAUACACGUCAAUCGGCGGACUCGGAGUCUGGAAGCUGGCCCCGAUGUUCAAAGGUGUUGGCCUGGCAGCUGCUGUUCUGUCUUUCUGGCUAAACAUUUACUACGUCGUAAUUAUUGCAUGGGCCAUCUUCUACCUGUAUAACUCCUUUUCUGCAGACCUUCCAUGGAAAUCAUGUAACAAUCCAUGGAAUACAGAGAAAUGCUACUCAAACCACAGCAUUGCGGACACGACAAAUCUUACCAGUGCUGUCAUGGAAUUUUGGGAGCGCAAUAUGCACCAGAUGACCGAUGGUCUGGAAAAGCCAGGACACAUUCGAUGGCCACUGGCAAUAACCCUGGCUAUCGCCUGGGUUCUUGUGUAUUUCUGUAUCUGGAAAGGAGUUAGCUGGACUGGAAAGGUUGUGUACUUCUCUGCCACAUACCCCUAUAUAAUGCUGUUCAUCUUGUUUGUCCGGGGAAUAACACUUCCUGGAGCAAAAGAUGGAAUCCUCUUCUACAUUACACCAGACUUCACCAAACUUAAAGAAUCAGAGGUGUGGCUCGAUGCUGCUACUCAGAUUUUUUUCUCCUAUGGUUUGGGCCUGGGGUCAUUGAUUGCUCUUGGGAGCUACAACACUUUCAACAACAAUGUGUACAGAGACUCUAUCAUUGUAUGCUGCAUCAAUUCCUUCACCAGUAUGUUCGCUGGCUUCGUCAUCUUCUCCAUUGUCGGCUUUAUGGCAAAUGUCACAAAGAGGCCAAUUGCCGAUGUGGCUGCUUCUGGUCCUGGUUUGGCUUUUUUGGCGUAUCCAGAAGCUGUGACGCAGUUACCUGUAUCUCCACUGUGGGCAGUUCUGUUCUUCUCCAUGCUCCUUAUGCUUGGAAUUGACAGUCAGUUCUGCACUGUGGAAGGCUUUAUAACAGCCCUGGUGGAUGAGUUCCCAAAGCUGCUGAGAACAAGGAGAGAGCUCUUCAUUGCUGGUGUCUGCCUUGUUUCCUAUGUGAUUGGUCUCUCUAACAUCACACAGGGUGGCAUCUACGUAUUCAAGCUGUUUGACUACUAUUCGGCGAGUGGAAUGUGUUUACUGUUCCUAGUGUUCUUUGAGUGCAUUUCUAUCUCUUGGUGCUAUGGUGUGAACAAGUUCUAUGACAAUAUCAAGGAGAUGAUUGGCUAUAAGCCAUGUAUCUGGUGGAAACUGUGUUGGGUGGUGUUUACUCCUCUCAUUGUAGCUGGUGUGUUCCUCUUCAGCGCUGUCCAGAUGGUCCCCCUCACCUUGAACAACUACGUGUUUCCAGCUUGGGGACAGGGCGUGGGCUGGUGCAUGGCACUAUCUUCCAUGGUGCUCAUACCAGGCUACAUGGGCUACAUGUUCCUCACACUCAAGGGCACCUGCAGAGAGCGUUUUAGAAUAAUGAUUCAGCCAGUGGCCAUCAUCAAAGUCCAGGAAAAUGGGCCGGAGCUCCAGACAGAGAGUUCCAACCCUGCUAAUGAGGAAGCUUAUAUAUAAACACCUUUCUAAAAGCACCUUUAAGUCAGAAAGCAUAAUCAUGGUUCAGUGAGACCAUGGACUUCUGUAUCAAAAUAAUAAAAACCUACCUCCUGGAACAAAAUGAGACCAACCUGAAAACAACUGUUUCAUGUUUAUUUUGCAUUAGUAAUAAUUCUGCCAGCCAUAUCAUACUAAUUGAUAAUAUUGUGUAACAGCAUGACUGUUAGUGUAUCUAACCUGAGCAAAACCAUAAUCAGAAAUAUCGUAAUUGGGGUUAAAACUAAACUUUAUUUACCUGGCACAAUUCAGUCUAAAUACAGAUUCUAGCAUAUAAAUUAUAUGUGUGUUAAGGUAAAUAAUAUUAGUGUCAAUAAUAGAUUAGGUUUUAUUAUAGUACUCACAAGUAACUUUAUGUAUUAAUCAAUAAGUAAGUAAAUGCAAAAAAUGAAUGACAGAAGUUACAUUUUUCUACACCUUGGACUGUGUGAAAGCCAAGGCAAUGUUUUGUGUACUCGCAUAUAUCAUGCUAUUCCAAGAAAAUAUUUGUUAGCGAGCCAUAUAAUCUUGGGAAGCCUCUUUAUUAUCAUAGCCAGGAAGAUUUCAUGUUGUUAGUCCAUACAGGAGUAAGAAAGCAUCCAGUUUUAGAAUCCCUGUGUGAUGCUUAUUGAAGACUGUUACAAAUUUAUAUUGAUUGUCUAAAGAAAUAAAUAACCCUAUGUAUGACCAAUUUUUUGUGCAAAUUUUAAAUACAUUUUCUAUUUUAAGAUUUAAAGUAUUUACGGACCAAAAUCUCACAAACUGAGCUGCAACAUUUAGCAUCUCACAUUUGAUGAGACUUAACCAAACACGUCAGACACCACUGCAGAAGCACACACAGACUCUUAGUACAGCAGUCCCACAGUAAUGUUUAGUGUAACAUGCUUGUCAUUCUUCAGGAUCAAAGGAUCUAAACAACCAAAAUGUCUUCUAAAAAACCACCAGAGAUUAACACUGUGAGGACCUUCAGCAUUCAAGCAAUAGAUUUACUAAACAGUAUAAUAGAGUUAUAGGACUAUGCAGAUUAUUCUAGAGCAGUGGUUCUCAAACCUUUUUGUCCCACAGCACACCAUUAUGAGGUUCCUAAGGUACACCAUUACUGUGUCACCCCCUAGUCCUUUCCAGUAUAGUCAAUGGUGUCACAUGAAAGACCAGGCACAGAUCAGGUAAACCUAAUUAUAUGACAAAUGACUUUACCAUGCACAUGGAGCCCAACCUGAAAAGUAAAGCAAAUAAUCAUGUUUUACUAUUGAAAACAUAAUUUAAGCUAGCAGGCAAGAUAAAGUCACUUGUUUGGCAAUAUUCCUUGUUUUGUUGGCAAAGAAUUGGUAUACUCCAAGUGAAACAAUACUUCAAUUUGUAAAUACUGUUCUUGUUGAUUGUAGCUAAUCUUGUGUAUACAUUGUAAAUAAUAAUGUUUGUUUUUAUUGUAUAGUUUUUUAUUGUGCAAAAGAAACAUGCCAGUGAAGUCGUCCAAUUAAGUCUUCUGGGAAAUGUGAAAAUUAGAGGUUAACACAACCCAUAUAUUGCGCAAUCACUCCAUAUUAAAAAAUAAAAUGUUGUGUCUAGUUUUGAACCAAUAUAGGGCAUGAUUAGUCUCUUAUUUUCUGACCACAUGAAUGUGAGCUUGAUUUAGUGUUUCAAGGGCACAUUAGAUAAAACACAACUUAAUACAUCAUCAACGGUCCAGUAACUCAACAAAUGCUAACAGCGCAAUACUCAUGAGUUCAAAACUCAGUGAGCACCCAUAAACCGUACCCCUUUGUUCUAUGUCAAAUGUUAAAUGUAUAUUGUGCGCACAAACAAUAUAUAAUAAUAAUUUUAAAAACUGUCUGUGGUCCCUCCAGGGCUCCAAAUACCCCAUUAGUGUCUGGUACAGUUUAUAUUGUUAUGUCACAGAAAAUGUUGUUCAUAGUGAAAACCGGAAAUAGAAUAUUAAUAUUCUAAAAGACAUGAAUACAAUAAUCCCCCAUAUUUGAGGGUCUGAGAGCCCUAAUAAAAACAUUUUACAACAUGUAAAACCUUUACUCCAUUUCUUUCAUGAAAUAGGUGACUAAGGCAUGUUAGGAUAAAAUUCCACGACACGCCAGACCCACUCCCGAGGCACACUGUUUGAGAACCACUGUUCUAGAGAGACAUUAUAUGGCCUUCGAUGAUGUUCCCAAUUUUAUGAAAUCAUUUAAAAGCACACAAGAUUAAUGACAAUGCCAUUGUGUUUAAAUAAGGGUAAUGAUUCUUUGUUUUAUUAUGGCAGCUAAAAGUGGCAGGGAUAUGAUUGAAUUAGUAAUUUCUUUGCAGAAAUAUUUAACUAUGUGCCAUGAAUAAAUGUUCUGUGGAUUUUCUAUGAAGUCACCCACUGCAGUUUUCUAGGAAGCUGCUGUAAAGCUGUACUUUGCGAAAUAUAUGUUCCUGUGAAUGUUCAUAUGAACCUUGUUUUGGUCUUAAUGUUCGUAAUCUGUAUUUUGCAAUAAUUCAUUUACUUCAGAAACCUGAAGACAUAUCUUACUGAGAUGAAGAAAAUAUAUAAUAAU